GGAGUCGAGACAGAUGUCAUGGGCGCAGGUGGCGAUAUCCCCUCUCCGGCUCCGACGCCGAGACCUGCAGGCGCUCGCCUCUCUAAUACUUGGAAGAGCCCUCCUACUCCGGCGACGAUGUUUUCCCCUACCUCUGCCGCCGACCAAAAAGUAGUUAGUCUGUUUGACUGGUGGUUGUUUGAAGCAGAAAAACAUGUCGAUGGUAAAAGAUUGGCUGUAAGUGGAUUUACUAAGAGGCAACAAGCAGCUAGAAUCUUCUAUUCUGCACCCAUUGUGAAAAGAAAUGAUGCUUAUACUAUUGAGGCUGCAGAUGGGGUUAUAGUUUUACUUGAUGGCAUGAUAAACAAAUCACGCACGCAAGAUAAUGGUUUUCCUCUUGAGAUGUGCAAUCAUUUCUUGGUUGGAUUUCCAUAUGACUGGGAUCAUUAUAUUGGGGGUUAUUACAGGACGAGAGCAACUUGUAAUCCUGUAAAGUUAUCAUCUCAUAAUCAAAUCCCUGUAGAUUCAACUUACAGUGCAGGGAAAACAUUACCAGUUCAUCUUGAAGAAUUUUCAUUUGGUAGAGUGCGGAAUUUCUUGAGCUCCGCUGGGAACAAAGUGACAGAUAGCUUUAUUGCCCUUCAAAAAAUUGUUAGCAGUAGAAUGGAUCCGGAAAUGCAAAAAUUUGUAUCAUCGCCAGUGGAUGAACUUAGUAAGCAUGUGGACAAAAAUGAUGGAACAAUGGUUGGUUCUGAUCCAUCAUUCAAGAUGUAUGCUAAGGGUACAGCAACUUGUCAUAAACAAGUUGCAUUCUCUAGCUUGAAUGAAAAUAAUGCAUUCCCAUUGACUAUGAGCACCCGGGCUACAAGUGGCAUGCAGAAAAAGCCAUCAGUGAUCAACUUACAUGAGAUGAAGACAGACAAUCAUUUAGUUCCCAUCCUCAACCUUGAAGAAAAUAUUCGAACACAAGAUUCUGUGUACCUAAAUGAAGAUCCUGAAGGCCACACUAACUCUACUGGAAAUGCCAAUAUUCUGAGCAAUCCAUCGUCAAAAUCUUUAGAAAUUUCAAAUCUCAGUCACAGUGAGAAAAUACCAGAUAGUGUAGCAGAAAUACUACCUUGUUCCAGUAAAUCAGCAUUAGAAACUAUAAGUUCAUCAGAUUGUUUGUUUUCUCCUAUGGAUUUGAAGGAUGAGAAUGUAACUUCAAUGAAGGGAAUACAUUUUGCAAGUUUAAAAAAUUCUGUUCAUUCUGAAAUCGUGGAAUCCAAGAAGGCUAAAGCCUACCAAGAAGAUAAUGAAAAUGAUGGAAUAAUGGUUGGUUCUGUUCCAUCAUUCAAGACUUUUGCUGAGGGCACAACAAAUUGUCAUAAACAAGUUGCAUUCUCUAGUUUGAAUGAAAAUAAUGCAUUCCCAUUGACUAUGAGCACCCAGGAUACAAGUGACAUGCAGAACAAACCAUCAGUGAUCAACUUACAUGAGAUGAAGAUAGACAAUCAUUUAGUUCCCAUCCUCAACCUUGAAGAAAAUAUUCACACAAAAGAUUCUGUGUACCUAAAUGAAGAUGCUGAAGGCUACAAUAACUCUGGAAAUGUCAAUAUUCUGAGCAAUCCAUCGUCAAAAUCUUUAGAUUUUUCAAAUCUCAAUCACAGUGAGAAAAUGCCAGAUAGUGUAGCAGCAAUACUACCUUGUUCCAGUAAAUCAGCAUUAGAAACUAUAGGUUCAUCAGAUUGUUUGUUUUCUCCUAUGGAUUUGAAGGAUGAGAAUGUAACUUCAAUUAAGGGAAUAAAUUUUGCAAGUUUAAAAAAUUCUGUUCAUUCUGAUAUCUUGGAAUCCAAGAAGGCUAAAACCUACAAAGAAGAUAAUGUUAGAAGAGGAAAUGUGAAAGGUGAGCUAGGAUGCAUUGCUUUUUCCAAAAUGCUUAACAAGCUGUGCUCAGGAAAUGCAGAAAAAUCUACAAGAGAUGAGAUAAAUGAGCUGUGCCGUAGUAUCUCUGAAAAGAUUAAGAGUUGCAGUAUUCCUUCCGGGAGUCCUGCUCCUCAGAAGUCUUAUUUAAUUGAUAAUGAUCUUGCCAGAGGAUUUGUGGUUGAUAUUUGCUCAGAAAAGGAACCUUUUGUUGAGUCUACUGAAAAACAAGAAAGGCAGGAAGAUCUAAAUCAGAUGCACAACCAGGACUGUACCAAACUCAUUGCCCCGGAACAUUAUAAGCAUUGUUUUGCAUCAACUGAAUCUCUAGAUGUGGAUGACUUAGGAGGUGAAAGUACAUCCCUAAAAGAAAAUUUAUCGACUAUCCAGGGUCCUGAGUAUCUAAUCCUGGAUGGCAUUUGUACAAGAAGUGGGCGUGUACUUAGCUCACCUACUGUCUUUUCCCUGCUGUCAGGCACAAAAGUCAAAACAGUAUCUUCUUACAAGAUGAAAGUCAAAAGAGUCUUAAAGAAAAAAAAUGUUGCAACUUCUUCAAUGGAUACACCAAAUUACAAAUCAGAUAUCUCCAAGGAGGAAAAGCUUGCAUCUACAUAUGAAGACCGUGGCUCAAUGCAUAAGCCUCCUUUGGAUCUUGCAAAUACGUCUGAGAUUUGCAAUUUUGACUCUUUCAAAGAGAAGUUGAAUGCUAGUCGUGUGAAAUACAGUCAGAACUUAUCAUCUUUACCCAGUGAUGAUAUGAUCAAUGAAUUGAAAGUUAAAACUGGAUUUGCCAUUGGUCAUGUUGGUAUGGAAAACAGCAGUCAGGAAAAUUGUUCUACUUUCAUGAAAUGCGCAGUUCCGUUGGAUAAUGCUGCCAAGGUAAAGGAACCUGAUGUUUCAAAAGCAGAGGGAUGCAACAAAAAUACGAGAUUGCAAAUGUCUAGGAGGAAGAAAAUGUCGAGCCAAAGCACCUAUGUACACCAAUCUCCACUUACUAGGGAAAAGGCUAAAAAACUUGCAUUGGGCUUACCAGAAAUUCUCAACUUAAAAAGAUCCAGAUCAGGCCGCUUGAUCGUACCUCAGCUGGACAAUGGGUGUCAGCAGAUUGUCUAUAAUGCGGAUGGUACAAUCAAUGGCAUAAAGGGUGUUGAUAUGUUGUGUUCUCGUGAAGGAAUCAAAUCGGCACCGCCAAAAAGGCGAAAAAUUGUCACUAAGAGUUAGCAGGCGUGAUGGCUAAUGGACUUGUACUUGGAAGUUAGUUGUUUGUAUCUUGACUCGUUUUUGUACAUUGUUACUUGAGGGUUGGUUUUCCCUCUGUUUGACCCUUUUGAUGCAUGUAAAUGUAAAUUAUAAUCUUUUUUUUUCUUUAAGAAGAUUACAUUACUAAAAAAUUAUAACAUGCUACACCAUUAUCCAUGAUCAGUU